UCAUAAAGUAUGUCACUACAAAUGUGUCUUUUUCCUUCACCAGUAUGACUCUUUAAGAAUCAGAAUUUCUGGAUAACAUAAUGAGGUUUGUUUGAUUGAGAGCUACACAAAAUUCUACUUCAAUUUGGGAUUCACUGUCACAACCCUCCAAAUAUCUGUGUUUCUCUCAUUUAUAUUCUCUCUUUUCUUGUUCUAAUUUUUUCCCAGUUUAAUUUGCUCACAUUUACAUUGACACAAAAAAAAAAAAAAAAAACCAAUUUGAUUUCUUUUUCUUGGAUGAAGAAAACCCAUCAAGUUUUUGUUUUUGUUCUCUCCUGCUAGAUUGUGGAUCCGGGUCAUUUAAUAUUGUUCUCAACAACUUUGAUGCUUUUAAGGAUUUCUAUUAUGUGUGUCAGCACAGGUGGAAUUUGUCACCUACUGUAACUAAUUUGAGUUCUUUUUGCUUUUCUUGAAACACCCAUAUAUGAAAAUUGGGGUUUCUUAUUUGCUUUAUGAAGGAUUGGAAGUCAAAAAUUGGAUCUUUGUGCCUUAUUCUUGAAGACCUCAUCUCAUCUGCAAUGGAGUAAUAUGGUGGGUGUGUUUGAGAUGAGCUCUUAUUGAUGAAGGAAAGUGGUUUGAUGAGGGUGUUGGUCUGCAAGAUUCACUGUCCAUUCAUUUGUUUCUGCAAGCCCUCUGCUGCCCAUCUUUACACUCAAGCCCCACUGAAACUGGAAAAUACCCCCCAUGCCCCUUCUUCAAUUGUUGUUGGUGAUCCCUCUGGAGAUAUUGGUGAGGCUAAAGAAGAGAGUGUACAUGGGAGUAAGCAAGCUGCCAUUAAUGGUGGGCAUAGAAGCUGCAUUAGAAAGGCCCCUAAGGAGAUUGAGAAGAAGAAGAGUGUACAAUGGGUGGAUAACUUGGGGAAAGAGCUGGUUGAGAUCAAGGAGUUUGAAACCAGUGAAACAGGAGACAGCGAUAACGAAGAUGAAAACCGACAAUGUUUUUGCAUUAUUCUUUGAUGGCAACACCCUUAGUGCUGGCAAGAAACAAGAGUAGCUGGAAAAUCGGCCUCAAUAUUCCCAACGGUAACUGGUUAUGAUUUGGAGAUCAGAAGAGCUGUACAAGGUUAAAGCCCAUCGUCUUUUCACCGAUUUUUUUGGGCUGCUAUAUCCCUACAUUGAUAGAUACUCCAUAACUAGAUCUCCUCGCCUCCUAUCUACCACAUACUUCAGUUGCAAUCCGAGACCUUCCGCCGCUAAACCUCGACUGCCCUGCCUGUGCGCUUUCUAUAUUAGCUGUUUGAUGCAGCCGAAAGCUUACUUAGAGAUCAUUUUUAUGCAAGUAUCAGGUUGUAUUCAGUUUAAGAAUCCUUUGGUCACCAAUCACCAUUCAUCAAAAAAGAUAAUUGUUAGCCUGUACAAGAACUCAGAGCAAUCUUUAUUUGUAAUCAAACUUGAUUGUUCUCAUCUGCUAGCAAUAAAAAUGAUUACAGUUCAAACCAAUUCAA